AUGAUGCGGAAGCAAGCCCUUAGAGCGUCGUCGACGCACAACGUCUGCGUCUUCUGCGCAACGCGCUUCAACAGCGGCAGCUUUCUCGACACCACGCUCCACUCCCUCCCACUCUCCUCCGCUUUCAGCGCGCCGGCAGCUCCUGUCACGACUCGAUACCUUCAGCAACGCCGCGGAAUCUCCUCAUCGAGACCUUCUCCCCAGAAUUUCGGCAACGGUGCGCCGCAGUCGCAGCUACGCAACCAUGUCUCUGCAGCGGACGCAGAGCGCGAUGCUAUACAAAACCGUUUCGCAAAACCGGCUGUGCAACAGCAGCAGCAGCAGUCGCCACCUCAACAGCGACAACUCUCCGCCAGAAGCGAUGCGGAGAAUGCAUUGCUGAAGGCGACGUUCGAUAGGCUGUCGCCACCUCCAUCACAUCUCGCGCAGUCUGCUCAAUCGUCCCGAUAUUCGAAUUCGCGGGGGUCGCCGAUCACACACCUCGGAAGAAGAGAUCAAGGUACUACACAGGAUCAACAUCACAAGCGCCAGCAGCAGCAGGGAGUAGCAGGUGGGAGAGGGUUUACUGGCACUUCGUCAUACAAUGUCCGGGUCGAGCGGGCACAACAGUUGAGGUCACAGCAGAGGGGAGAAGAUUUGGGUGGGUUCGACAAGGCUAAGGUGGAGCAGUGGCAGCAUGCCCUGACGCCGAAGGGCCGGAUACUACCGCAGCAAGUACAACGACAGCAGCAACAGCAACAGGGCCAAUAUGCGAGGACAAGGCAGGAAGGAGAUAAGAGCUUUGUGCCGCUAAGCUCGGAGCAGAGUCACGCAAGAAGGAUGAAUCUCUUAAGCAGGAUGAACAACAACCCGAGUGGAAGCGGUGCCGCUGCUGGUGCGGUGCAGGAACAGACAAGGCCACAGAAUUUCGUGAGACCAGAACAGGCGCAGGCACGGUCUGUCCCUCCUUCCACGGGAGAUCCAGAAAAGGACGCUUUAAGGGUGCUUUGGGGUACUGGUGCGCCGGCCAGCCAAGGAUCGUCCUUCUCUAAGCCUGAGCCUCGUGUUGAGCAUAAUCAUUUGCUGGGAGCGUUCCCAAAACUAGAAGUGGCAAGCCAAGAAGCCCCGGCCCAAGCCCCGGAGCAGGAGCAGGAGCAGGAGCAGGUUCAAGAAGUUAAAGAGACACAACCGCCGGAGCUGGGCCAGGGGGAACCUACUGUGCAGAAUGUCCAGGAACGUGAGCGUCCUACGAGAUUCUCGAAGUUUGCUGAUAUUGAGGAGGACGAAGCUCCGCGUAAGCGCAAGGCUAGGGGUGGUCGGAGUAAGGCUUUGGAAGAGGAGGAAGAUGUCGACUUUAACCGCAUCGAGCGCCGCAAGUCGAAGAAGAAAGACAAGAAAAAGAAGCGUGUCGCGGAAGUAGCACCUCCGACCCCGAUCUAUCUUCCGGAGUAUCUCAGUGUUGUUAGUCUGGCCAACAUGCUCAGAGUUCGCACGGAAGACCUUGUCAGAAAGAUGGAAGAACUUGGGUACGAGGAUAUCAACAACGACGAUAUCUUGAAUGCUGAAAAUGCCGGAUUGAUCGCCAUGGAAUACAACUUCGAGCCCGCUGCUGCCAACCCCGCGGAUGACCUUGACCUUUACCCUGCGCCAGAGCCGGAGGACAUGACGAUCUUUCCCCCUCGUCCACCCGUUGUGACCAUCAUGGGGCACGUCGACCAUGGAAAGACUACUCUGCUCGACUACCUACGGAAGUCGUCGGUUGCAGCAACUGAAUUUGGCGGCAUUACUCAACACAUUGGUGCCUUCAGCGUUCCCCUGUCGAAUGACAAAACCAUCACUUUCCUGGAUACCCCCGGUCACGCUGCUUUCCUCAACAUGCGCCAGCGUGGUGCGAAUGUUACAGAUAUCGUCAUUCUUGUCGUUGCCGCUGACGACAGUGUCAAACCACAGACUCUCGAGGCUAUCAAACACGCCAAGGCAGCUCGUGUUCCCAUAAUAGUUGCUAUCAACAAGAUUGACAAGGAGGGCGCAAACCCCGAACGUGUUAAGCAAGAUUUAGCACGCCAUGGUGUUGAUGUCGAAGACUUUGGCGGAGACAUCCAAGCCAUUCCAGUCAGCGGCAAGACCGGUGAAGGCAUGCAAGACCUCGAAGAAGCUGCCAUCACGCUGUCCGAAAUCUUGGACCAUCGUGCCGACCCUGAAGGUCCCGUCGAAGGCUGGGUCCUGGAAGCCACGACUAAGAAAUCCGGCAAGGUCGCCACGGUGCUCGUCCGCCGCGGCACGCUCAGGGUUGGCUCCAUCAUCGUAGCUGGCCAGACGUUCGCUCGCGUUCGCUCUAUCAAAAACGAGGCUGGUGUUGACAUCCCAACAGUUGGCCCUGGUAUGCCCGCUGAGAUCGAUGGCUGGCGCGGUCAGCCCGAGGCCGGCGACGAGGUCCUCGAGGCCCCUGAUGAGCAGCGUGCCGCCGAGGUCGUUGAGUACCGUGAGGCAAAUGCGGAUCGCGUCCAGAUGGCCAAAGACAUGGAGGCCAUUAACGAGGCACGCCGUUUGGAACACGAGAAACGCGAGCGCGAGGAGGCACUCGCCGCCGCUGCGGAAGCGGGCGAGGCGGACCCAGCAGCCGCCGUCGCUGCGGCGGAGAAGGCCAGGCUCGAGGCUUCAACGGGCGGGCCCAUGGAAGUGCCGUUUGUGGUCAAGGCCGACGUGUCUGGAUCAGUCGAGGCGGUGGUGGACUACGUGAUGACGGUGGGCAACGGCGAGGUGCGGCCGCGGGUGCUCCGGACGGGCAUUGGCCCGGUCAGCGAGUCGGACGUGGAGCUGGCGGCGACGGCGGGCGGGCACGUGGUGGCGUUCAACACGACGCUGGACUCGCGCAUGGCGCGCGUGGCCGAGACGAAGGGCGUGCGUGUGCUGGAGCAGAACGUCAUUUACCGCCUCGUCGACGACGUAAAGGCGCUGCUGAGCGAGCAGCUCGCGCCGACCGUCGUGCAGCGCGUCACGGGCGAGGCAUCCGUGCUCGAAGUCUUUGAGGUCAGCUUGGGCAAGAAGAGGAUGAUGAGCAUUGCCGGAUGCAGGGUAACAAACGGUCUGGUGAACAGGGGGGGUAAGGUGCGCGUUUUCAGGAAUGAGGAGAAGGUUUACGAAGGCAGCAUUUCUAGCCUCAAGCAGGUCAAGAAGGACGUCACAGAGAUGCGGAAGGGCAACGAGUGCGGUAUGGCAUUUGAAAACUGGGGAGAGUUCAAGGCCGGUGACACGAUUCAGUGCUACGAGGAGAAGUUUGAGAAGAGGACUUUGUAG